AUGACUAGUAACAUAGCGGAGCAGCUGAACCAUGCUCUCGUGGAGGGGAGAACGUCACCUAUCAUGGAGUUCGUUAUUUUCAUUCAAAGGAUGAUGACAAGGUGGUUCAGUGCAAUGAGAAAGAAGGCAGAGAAACAUAGGGGUAUGGUUAGUGUGGAGGUAGACAAGGAGAUGACAAACAACAUGGCAAUGAUGACGGGGAGUAAAGUGAAUUCUUCAACAGAGUGGAGUUGUGAAAUAAUUGGGAAGUUUGGUGGAAAAGAACGUGUUCACCCCCAGGAUAAGCAGUGUAGUUGCAAGUAUUUUGAUAAAAUCAAAAUACCAUGUGGCCACGCUAUGAUGGCUGCUGACAGUCUGGGAGUGCCUUAUGACACAUUGGUGUGUCACUGGUACAAGACAUCGACAUGGAGGGAGACAUAUGCUGGGGUAAUCAGUCCAGAAGGAGAUCCUCGUGAUGUGGAUGUCCCGGACGAAGUGAAGAAGAUGGUGUUGUUCCCCCCUGUGGCAAAGAUACAACCGGGACGCCAUAGGAAAACAAGGAUUCCCUCCGUUGGAGAAUUUCCGGUUACGAAAAAGACAAAGCUGGUUCCAAACAAGUGUGGGAGGUGUCGUAUGGAAGGGCACAACCGUUCGAGCUGCACAAACCCAAUAUAG